AUGGAAAAUAAAUCUGAAAUAGAAUUAAAUCAAAAUCAAUGUAAAAGCAAUAUUCUUUCGUUAGAGGGUUUAUUAAAAAAAACAGUAGACACAAUGGUAAUUUUGUUAAAUUCCAUUGAUGAAGAAAAAACAAAAUAUGAAGAAUGUUUUGGUCCUUUAGAAGAGCAUAUGAUAAUUAACCCACCUCAACGAAUUAUUGAAUGGGUUCAUUCAAUUCAACAAACAAUACCUCCAUUAGAAGAUGAGUUAUCACCAACAAAAAGAAAUAAAAUUGAAGGAACAAUGAAAAUGGAUGUUGGAGGGGUUAUUAUUAAUUUUUCAAACCAAAGAGAAAAACAUAGUACUUCAUUACCUAAAGUAGCUGAUGACUCUUUAUUGUUUUUUAUGAAUAACCAAUUUAAAACAAAGUCAAUUGGAAUAACAGCAAAUAUUUCAAACACAGAUUUAAUAAAUUUUCCUUCGUUUUCUUCUCAACCAUUUAAGGAACAAUUAAAGAAACAUUACCCAAAAUUUCAAAAGGAGGAGAAUAAGACAGUUAAUAAAAAAACUUCAAAAAGAGAAAGAAAGAUGAAGAUUAACAUUAAUAAAAAACCUAAAAAUUGA